AUGUGCGCGCACGUUUUGUUCAUGUUCACGCGCAAAUUCAAGUUCUGUUCGGAUGGCGACUGCCCGCUGUGGGCGCUGGCGGCGCUGCACGCGCUCGGCAGCCUGCCCGCCGCCGUGUUCCGCGCGCUGCUGCAGCACAUCGUGGAGGAGCUGCCUUCCUGCUCGGCCUGCCCAUUGAGGGCGCUGGCGGCGCAGCACGCGCUCGGCAGCCUGCUCGCCGCCGUGUUCCGCGCGCUGCUGCAGCACAUCGUGGAGGAGCUGCCUUCCUGCUCGGCCUGCCCACUGAGGACGCUGGCGGCGCUGCACGCGCUCGGCAUCCUGCCCGCCACCGUGUUCCGCGCGCUGCUGCAGCAUAUCGUGGACGAGCUGCCUGAAGACGGAAUCAUGGAUAUAUUAAAGGACACUAGUUUAUCGUCUCGCGAGGAAUCCGCUAGAGCUGCAGCAGCCAUUCGCUGGGUGUUGCGGCAGACCUGGCGCGGCGGCUGCCCCGGCUCCCAACUAACUCGUGAUCUCCUGGUACUCGGUCUGCCGAGGACACACGCGUCAGCGCUGGCUGAAGCGGCAGACAAUGGCAGGGAGGCGUAUGAGGCCAAAAUACUGACCAGCGGAUUCAUGGUCAACAGGCUGACAGACGUGACCACGAGCCCUGGACCCGAAGGAACAGUGGACACAAUAAAGCUGGCACUACACUCGGAAGAUGUCACCGGUGAACACGCGCAGGACACCUUGCUGGUUCACAAAUCGCAGGUGACGACCCUGCUUAAGGAGUUGAAGCAGGCGUAUCGGAAAAUGGAAGGGUUGGAUAAUAUGGAAUAGACGCACUUGUUAAUUAUACGUGUAAACUCGCAUAUUUAAUUAAGAUUAAGCUAUUUAUUAAGGUAUACAGAUCGUUUGCCUCAA